UAUUCUUGCUUUUUUCAAUAAAAAUUCUAUUCGAAAGAAAUUCAGAGAUGGAGCAAAGUUGCUGGUCAGAAUUAAACAUGGACAAGCCGUUGCUUAAAGUUGAAGAGGAAGAUCAGAAAAGUGUUUCUGGUGAUAACUCAACGACUAAUGAAUUUUCGUUGAGCGACAUCGCAUCACAACAAGAUGCCGACUCCACUUUACAUGAUGCCUCUACCAUGCCAAAGAAAGCCAACAUAAUUGCUCGCUGUGGAUUCUCACCAACUGUUUUAAUCUGCAUCAGUCAUGCUUUAUCGGCUUGGGGUGAUCGAAUGUGGAUGUAUGCUAUUUCAAUAUUUUUAAUUGAACUGACUCCAGGCUCAUUUCGUUUUACUGCGCUAUAUGGUUUAGCUGUGUCAUUAUGUGUUGUUGCCUUUGGGACACUUGUAGGAAACUGGAUCGAUAUGACACCAAGACUGAAAGCUGCUCGUUUGACACUAAUAAUUCAAAAUAGUUCAGUGGUAGCUUGUGCUGUUGUUGUAUUGGUCAUGUUUCAUCAAAAUAAAAGCAGUCCUAUGUUUCUCAUUUUGGCUGUUGUUUUGGUGCUACUAGCAAUUAUUGCUAGACUUUCAAGCCUUGGAACUACAAUUGCUAUUGAGAGGGACUGGGUUGUUGUGAUUGCUAAAGAAAAUAAAUCUAUGCUUGCAGGUACAAAUUCCACAUUGCGACGCAUUGAUUUGACGUGUAAUAUUCUGGCACCUGUUUUAACCGGCUUGGUUUUAAGCUUUGGAUCCAAUUUCUUAGGAGUGCUUUUUAUUGCUAGUUGGAAUGUACUAUCAGCAUUUGUUGAAUACACCAUGUUAACAUCAGUUUACUACUCCUGUCCUGCUCUUGCAAACAAAUUAAUUGACGCUAAUCGACUUAAUGAUGACGUUAAUGUUUCUAAUCCUGAUCUUGACAAUAUAGAUCUCUCUGUCGAAGACACUAAGGAUGGAACUGUCCUGGUGCGUAAUUUUAAAAAUUCGCUUAGUUUUUUCAAGAAUUGCGGUGUUGUUGAAAAGUUCCUCUCUCGAGUUCGUGUUCUUGUUCUCGGCAUAAAAAUUUUUUUUCAACAGCGUGUUGCCUUCGCAGGAGUCGGCUUGGCUUGCUUGUAUUUGACUGUUCUAGGUUUUGACAGUAUUACUACUGCUUAUGCGUACUCACAGCAUGUGAGCCCCCUUACCCUUGGAUUACUGACUGCCGCUGGCGCUCUCACUGGAAUUUUUGGUACUUUCUUGUUUCCAAUUUUUCGAAAAAUAUUUGGCCUUGAUAAGACAGGACUCAUCUCGAACUCGAUUCAACUAUUCUUUUUGAUGUUUUGUGUUGCAUCUAUCUGGGCACCAGGACAUUCUGGACACUUACUUGACCCUCACUAUCAUCAUCAUUCAAAUAGACAUGAAAAGAUACAAGGAGAGAGGUGUUUGAAUGUUUCAAAUUCACCUACUGUACGUAUAAAUAUGCAUUCAACUCCAACUACAAGCUUGGCCUCAGAUUUCCCCUUGCCUUCAUCUGCGUUAAUUAACAUGUCAUUAUUGCCAAAUAAAGCACUGUCGACAAUUUCGCAGAUUAAACCUACACGAACUUUUUCAUCCUUUGUUUCAAUUACAAAGACUAAUGUUCCUGGGUGUGGAAACAUUACUUCAAAAAAUUCUACAAAAACGGUAAACAAUGAACAGAACUCGCUAAUUUCUCUUGUCUUCUUAAUGGGUGGGAUAGUGAUGUCGAGAAUAGGAUUAUGGAUGACAGACUUGACGAUUACUCAACUUUUUCAAGAAAACGUACAUGAAAGCGAACGAGGUAUUGUAAGUGGUGUUCAAAACUCUUUCAAUAGCAUUAUGGAUGUUGCACAUUUUGUCAUGGUUAUAGUUGCACCAAAGCCAGAACAAUUUAGCGUAUUGAUUCUAAUAUCUGUUGCAAUGGUGACGCUUGGCUUAAUGUUUUAUUGUCUCUUUGCGUGGAAUCACCGAAGUGAAUUAAGUCUUAUCCGUCAGAGUUCAAGUAACAACUCAAUCGAAGGUGCUUCGCAAAGAUUAAGAGAUGAAAGUAGACGAAAUUCGACUUCAAGUGCCCCGAGUGAAAUUCUGAAUUUAGAGAACGAUAAUUAUUCUCUACAAUCCUAGUGAAAACUGUUGUCACUUUGUAGUUGUUUUUAAAGGUGCCCAAAAGAUAAAAUUAUCGUCUAUCUAACAUAAAAAUAGACUAAUACUUCUUUGUUGAUAGCUUAACAUACAAAGUUGGAACUCGUACUUUACUUAAUAUAAUUUAUAAUAUUGGCAAAUAUAUCUACAAAUCAUGACUGAAUGAUUCUAAGUGUAAACGUAAUCGUUCUAGUACAUCAUCAAUCAAUUUUAGCAAAUAUAUUUUGAAUGAUA